GGUACUGGCUGCUACAGUUAUGUUGGCCGUAUUUGGUACUGGAAGAAGCAGCCGCUUUCGAUUGACUCCAAAUGUGAACAUAUUCACACAAUGGCGCAUGAAUUAGGCCAUGCACUCGGUUUUCUGCAUACGCACAAUCGCGCUGAUCGUGAUCAGUAUAUAUCAGUGAAUUUCACCAACGUUAAGGACAGCUUAACUGGAAAUUUUAAGAAGGUUUCAAGAACUAUCAAUUACAACUAUGGAUUGCCGUAUGAUUAUGGAAGCGUAAUGCAUUACAGCAAGAAAUCGUAA